AUGGAAGAGCAAAAAGACUUGGAGGUAAUCGAAUCAUUAUUUCCUGUAUCUGAGUUCCAAGAUGCCAUUGAUUGCUUGAAAAAGUUGGAAGAGUUGAAGAUUGAUGAUUUGUCCAUAAGUUUGGGGAAGUUAUAUAAAUUAUUGUCUAACUUGAAGUUAGUUAUAAAUGAAAUAUUUAUUUCCAAAAUCAAUGGUAAAAAUGCAAAUACCGUUGUAAUCAUUGACUCUAUAAUUAAAAAUAAAUCGUCUAUUGCUGUUAUUUUGGGAGGCAUAUAUGAAAUAGAAGGUGUUUUGAAUCAUAUACUGAAUUUAUUGGAAGAACUAAUAUCAGAAAAUUCAUCGAACAUCUCCGAUUGUAAUAAUAUUUUUAAUCUCAUUGAAAACUGUACAAAAGUAGAACAUGAUUUAAAGAGACAGUUUAAUGUAAUUAAGCCAAAUUUGGAUAUAAGCAUAGAGUUUUAUGAAAUUAUGAAUGAUCAUAUGGGAACUUUGGACAAAUUAGUAGAAAAAAAAAUACAAGAAACAGUGAGCAUACAAGAAGAGAAGUUUUCUUCACCAAUACGACAUGCUCCGAACUUUACAUUAAAUGAGAUAAUUGAAAUAUUAGAUAAAAAUUCCUAUUCGAAUGAAUCAAAAAUCCCAGCAUUUUCACCUUUAGAAGAAUCAUUGGUGGAAAGGUAUCUUCAACUAAAAGAAGAAAUCAAACCAAUUGAAUUAAGUUUAACAGAGGUUUUAAUUAAAAGAAUAAAUGACUUCAAAAACAGAGACCAAAAUAAUAUUGAAGCGUUGCAUGCUCUUCUUUUGAAGCACUUUAAAUUGCUGAUGGAUAAGUACAGGUUUUUAGUUGAUGAGAUGAGGAAUUUAAAAUUGGAACUUAUCGAUAGAAGAUGGAAUAUAAUCUUUAUAAACUUGAAUAACGAGAUAUCAUUUUUACUUGAAAGUGUUGAGUCUUUGCAAAAAAAAUAUACAAAUAAUAAAGCAUCCGAAAUACUUGAUAAAGAGACUAACGAGAAACUGAUUUGUCAACUAAGUCUGAAAUCUAAAAUUGUAACUAAAACAUUUAAUGUUAUUUAUAAAGCAUUUGAAAUAUCUUUAGUAGAUGCUGGCAUCUCUAAAAAAACAAAUAAUUUAGCCAAAAAAUGGCUUGAGCUAAGGCCAUUAAAUGACGCUUUAAUUCUGUUUUCUGAAACUGAAUCCAAAGAAAUGCAAGAUAAUAAAGAAAUUCAAAAAUUAACAAACCAUCUUAAUAAUUUAACGUUGAAUGGAGAAUUAAAGGAAAAUGAAGAAAUGGCACUGCAGCCUAAUUUAGAUACCAUUAAGACUCCCAAAAAGAAAAUUGGAGCAGCAUUGCUGAGGAAGAUGAACAUUAAACCAAUUAUUAUUACUGAUACACCACCACCUUCAAUAGAAAAAGACAAUCCUUUCUUCAAGAAAAAUUUAGAUAGGAUGGAAAAUUCUGAAGGAGGUAAUAAUGAGAAAGGAAAGGACUACAAUUUUAAAGACCAAUCGAUUACUAAUGACAUUCCAUCUCUUAAAUUUGCAGCAUCGAGCGAUUCGAUGGAUAGACAGCUAAACAACGACAAAUCGGAUGCAGAUAAAGAAAAUGUUGCAUAUAAUAAUACUAUAAGAGAAUUGGAAUAUCAGAAAAUGCAAUACUUUUCAAAACAAAAGUCAAGAAUUCCUUCAAUUAACUCAGAAAAGAGUUCCAAAGUUGUUCGAUCUGCAUCUUUAAAUCUAUCUCAUUCGAAGAACAGUUCUCCAAUGAUGUGGACUCCCUUUACCAAAAACACCUCUGCUCAUUUAAAAUUGCCUACUCCAAAAUCGCAACUUUUAGUCAAAGAAACUGGUGCUAGGUCUGUCACAAGAUGA